AUGGAUUCCCCGGCGAAAAAACGAAAAACUAGCGAGACUACAGGCAUUUCUGUGGCGCCAGAGCUUCCUCAAAAUGACCCCCAUCGGUCGAGACGACCCUCCUUCCAGUCUCCAACGAGGGCCAGCCUCGCACGAUCGCAUCCCGAACUAUUAGAGCGCGCAAUCAGCAGAUCUCCUGCCCGACGACCAGCAAGCAAAGUCAGCGGGCAACAAGAUCCCCGAAAAUUUGGAUUACGCGAUCGCAAAGCGCUCCGACCCUCGCUCAAUGCCUCCGCAAGCCCCCUCACUCGACCCCAAGGCUCUGAAGCGCCCGAAAGUUCCCCCAACAGGCGCUCAAGUGGCGUCCAAGCGUUCUCAAAGCCCCCGCGUAGGAUUUCAAGGAGGAUUCUCCCAGGAGAUUUGGUGUUUGGGUCUCCAAUGCCACAACCAGAAAAUCCCGAAUCGAAUACCCCCGAGCGUCAAUUGGCAUUGGAAUUGGGCAGCGCCACAAGAGAGGCAGAUGUGGAUAUAGGUCUGGAAAAGGCCCCGGAUCGACCUAGAGGGAUGUUGAGUAGCAGCCCUAGUAGGCGACAGGAGAAACGAGCCAAACGACGAACCGCCAAUGCAUUGCACGAAAGCCCACUUAAGGCAGUAAACUUCCAAUCUCCUCCCUUGGAGGAUUUGGAGAUAGCUUCAGACCUGGGUGGAGUUUCGGCGGCUGUUCGCGAGAAACGCAAUUCGCGCGAGAAGAGCGCUGCAGAUCUGCGACGGCUAAGAAACGAAGUUGAAGAACUGGAAAUAUGGGCAAAGAAAAUCGAGUCCAAUCCUGACCUGAAUGGCGACACCAGAGGACUCGAUGAAUUUUUGUCUUUACUCACAUCGGAAGAGGCGAAUCGUACAAGUCUCCCAGUGCCCAAAACAGCCCCUAAAUCAAUAUCAUCCCUCCUCGCCACUUUACUCCCGUUCUCCGCCAAUAUCCCUCGCCCAAAACGUGAAUUAUCAUCGCUACCAACGAAUCCAUUUGCCCUGCAAGAAGCCUCUCAAUCACUGCCAUACCUAACAGCCUUCGCACCCUUGAUCCUCAAAACCCGCACAACUCGUUCGUCGCGUAGGGAGGAGCUGUUAGAAACGCACACACUGACGUUUUCUCCCCCAUCUCCAUUCCCAGCAAGUCUAUACAAUGUGACCGUUGUCUACGAGACGAACCCCGAGACCCAGUCUUUGACUUCCUUGUCAGUGCCCACUGGCAGCGACAGCAAGAAAAGAAAACUCCCGGAAGCUCUCCGCCGAUGGAUUGAUACCCGCUUAGAGAACCCUCUCUUGAAACUCGACGUGGCAACUCUAUGCUGGGGAAUCAACCGGUACUGGGAAUCUGCAAUUACUCGCGCUCGUUUGUGGGCACACAUUGACCACAAGUAUGGCCCUCCGGCCUUGCAGGGCAGAAAAUAUACUGCCUCGGAAAGCAAGAACGGCGUAAUCACACUUUCUGAACUGCGACGAUUGGUCCCGCAUUUAGAUCGGAGUGCCAUGAUCAUCAAACCUAAAUCCUCUGACUCCAGGCCCCGAGUGCUUUUGUCCAACACUCUGAUGUUGGAUGAAUGGACCGGAGAGCCUCAGCUGCGGCCUGAGAUCAGCGUGUCGAUCCCUGGGGUAGAUAAGAAAAUCGAUCAGGAAACGAAGAAGGUUUUCCAUGCGUUGCUACGUGAGGAUGGCGCUUUGAGCACGCGAGGCAUGGAAGGUGGUAUCCAUGUUAAUACGGUGCUAAGGGCGACUGAAGGUGCCCUUGGUGCUUUGUUCGGUGGUCUUUGA